GAGAGAUUUGGUAUCAUGGAUAGUGACCUGUAUCUACUUCAAUGUCACGUUUGGUGAUACUUCCUUUAUUUUCUGGCAAAAAUGGCGGCAAUACUCCCACCAACAGAGUCCGGAGAGAAGAUGGAACAACUGCACCAUAGCGAAUACCUCUCACAAGACGAUAUCGGAUUGAAUAUUGAUGCAAAGAAGAAAGAAGAUGCAUUGCGACGGAAGCUUGAUCGCUAUGUUGCACCAGUCAUGAUGAUAUUGAUGUUGAUCAGCUAUCUAGACCGAGGUAACAUUGGCUUUGCAGCGACACAGGGCAUGACGAAGGAUAUCAAACUAAAAGGGAGCGAACUCAAUACUGCCGUCUCUGUGUUUUACAUCUUCUAUAUUCUCGCCGAAUUUCCAACAUCGAUCCUGGUCAAGCGUCUCCAAUUCAACCGCGUUAUUCCUACCAUCACAUUCUGUUGGGGCCUGGUAUGUCUCUGCACGGGUUUUGUGAAAGGCUUUGGAGGCCUCGUCACGUGCCGUGUAUUUCUAGGCUUCUUCGAAGGCUGCUUGUUUCCUUCCAUGACCCUCUUCUUAUGUAAUUGGUACACAAGGGAAGAGCUCGGCAUCCGAAUCGCAUACCUAUUCAUCGCAAGUGCUUUGAGUGGAGCCUUUGGUGGGCUCAUUGCCUUUGGGAUAUUAUACAUGGACGGUGUUAGCGGAUGGGCUGGGUGGAGAUGGCUCUAUGUCAUCGAAGGCAUCAUCACCAUUCUCUGGGCUUUCUGCUGUAUCUUCCUCGUGCCCAAGAAUUUCGAAACAGCGUACUUUCUGAACGAGGAAGAGAAGGAAUUGAUGCGCCAACGUGCUAUACGCACGCAAGCUUAUUCAGACUCGGCUGGAGCAGGUCACCACGGCAAGGCAGAUAUCAAAGAAGCCGCAAAAGACGUCAAGAUCAACAUCUGGGGCGCAAUCGUUUACGCCAUUGGCGCAUUUCUUUCUGACCGCUACCAAACCCGCUUCCUUCCACUUAUAUUGGCGGCUCCCUUUGGAAUGAUUGGAUACGCUAUCCUCCUAUCACCUGUCAGCCCCGCUGUACAAUACUUCGCAACACACCUCGUCUCUACCGCAUGCUUCCUUUGCACAGGCGGAAACAUCACCUGGCUAUCAGCAAACUGCGCGCCAGAUGGAAAGCGCGCGGCAUCCCUCGGAAUUCUUCUCACUCUAACGAACAUAGGAGGCGUGGUGUCAGGCCAAAUUUACCAGACUAAUGCGGCGCCGAAAUAUACACUGGGACACGCAUGGAGUUUGGGCUGCUUGGCUUUUGCUUGGUGUGGAUGGUGGGUGAUUCGAAGCAUCUACAGGAAGAGGGACAUAGAAAAGAACAAGAAACUUGCAGAGGGUUACGUGAAGCCCGAGGGAACCAUGUAUACGGAUCGGGAGCCCGACUUCCAUUAUCAGACCUAGG